AUGUCCCAGCCCAAGCGAACACAGGCAAUUGACGCUGCCCAGGACGUGGACACAGUUGAGGUGAACGACCUCGACAAAGGCAUAGAUGCGGUUGAGGUGCCAGUCAUCGCUUCGACGAGUGCAUCGGAGCCUCUGGUGACUCGUAGGGAACUUUGGAGCUACUACCUGUACUAUAACGGAGACAAUGGGGUCGGGCCUACCAACUACUCCUUGACUCUCUUCCUGAGCCUGGCAACUUCCGCUGGUUGGGACCCGUCUCAAGGCCCUGGAUCCACAUGUACAAAUUCUGAGCAAUGUGUUCUGGCUUGGGGUAGCGGCACCAAGUCUGUCAGCUCCAUCGUGCUCAUUGCAAAUGGUAUCAGUUUUGCAAUCAUGACUGUCCUGUUAACGACAAUUGGGUCAGCAGCCGACUACGGCACCUUUGGACGUUGGUUGCUGCUCGUCGUCACCGUGAUUUGUUGGGCUUCCCAAUUCGCCAGUAUGGCCCUCACAAAACCCUCACGUUGGGAAGUCGCGAUGGUCGUCUACAUCAUUUCCUAUGUUUCGUAUGGUGCGACCCUCGUCUUCUAUGUUGCUGUGUUCCCGCGAUUGGCGCGCAAUACCCCACAUGCUCGCCACCUGCGCGACAGACUAGAGAACCAGGAGAUCUCCAGAGAGGAGUAUGAGCUUGAAGAGAGCCUAGAGAGAAACCACGUCAGCAACAUCAGCACGUGGCAUAGUAAUGUCGGGUACAUCUUCGUCCUAUGUCUAAACUUGGCGGUCUUGCUGCCGCUCGCAAACAAUGUCUUGGUCGACAACUACACCAUAGUUCUGACAAACAUGUAUUGGGUGAUCCUCGGUAUAUGGUGGUUCAUCCUCCAACAGCGUCGACCUGGACCUCCGCUUCCCCAGGGAGAGCAUUACCUAACUAUCGGCUGGAAGCAGAUCUGGAUGGUUCUGAAGCAGUGGAAGAAGCUGCCAUUCACCUUCGUCUACCUCUUCGCUUUCUUCCUGCUCUCUGAUGGCCUGAACACUACCGGCACACUUGUGUCUAUCUGUCAGAAUGACCAAUUCGAGUUUUCCUUUCUCCAGAGCACGUACCUUGGCCUCGCACAAGCUUUCACUUCCACUGCAAGUACAAUUGGCGCUUGGUGGAUCCAAAAGUACUGGAAGAUUUCGACGAAGAAGAUGUUUGCAUUCACAAACGUGUUCACGGUCCUGAUACCUGUGUGGGGCAUGAUCGGACUGUGGACAACGAAAUUUGGUUUCCACCAAGUUUGGGAGUACUGGGCGUACAAUGUAGUCUCCGGUCUGACCCAAGCACCGUACUACUCUUACUCGCAGACCAUGAUGGCAGAACUCGCGCCGCCCGGCUUCGACAACAUGUUUUUCGCAUUGUUCGGCCUAUCCAACCGUGCAUCGUCGAUGAUUGGACCGAACGUGAUCCAAGCUAUCAUCGGCGACACGCAGAACAACUGGAAAGGCUUCCCGUUCCUGGUCGCUCUAUGCUCUGCGGCUAGUCUUGUCAUCUGGUUCGGUGUGGAUGUGGAGAAGGGUCGUCGAGAUGCUGUCGCGUGGGCGGAGCAGAAUCGGCCAAAUGCAGCGACAAGCAUGCAUGGCGAGGGCGUAUUACCAGCCUCGCGCGACUCUGUGAAGAAAUCAUAAGAUCGCGAACAACAUCCUGGCGGUUGUGACAAAAGCUGUGGGUAGAGAACUUUGCAUGGUACUAGAUUGAUGCUAGACGAAAUGAGAUUGCGCAC